UGCUUUAUUUAAUAAAAAUGUUUCACAGUUUUUGCAAUCUACUUUUGUACAUUACUAUACUACAUAUACAUGAUAUUCUUACUUCGCACAGUGGAGACUUCAUAGGCCGAUGUCCUAUUCAAGCUGGUACAAUGAGGUGGGUUCUGCACAGUAUUCACUCUGACUGAUGAUAGCGUUGAAAUAUUUUUCCCCCAGUAGAACAUGAAGCUAUAAAAAGGCUAAAUGACACACAGUAAAUGCUGUAAUUUCAUCAACCUUCGUUUCUAAGCCUAUUCCUUAAGUGCUGGCACUACUGUAUAUAGUCUACUACAGAGUAGGCACCGAGACUGGACAUCCUACGUAUGUAACAGCAAUUAGAAUAUAGAAUAUCAAAAUAGCAUUUCCUUUACUUCAUAUUUGAAGCAGGUUACAAUGAUGAAUAAUUUAUUCACAUGUGAUUCACUAAAAACUGACUGCCACUGCGAAUCCACAUAGGCGUAAUGAGAUGUGGAAUUGAUAGAUCCUGGGACAUGGCUACUUUAGGAUGGACGAAUCCGUAACCACUGGUCUCUUAGGAUAUUAUGCUAAUAAGAACUAUUUUAUUAUUAGCAGUAACAUUAUAAGCCUACCAAUACUAGGCCAUAGUACUAUAUGGCGGCUGCUGCUAGGCUACUACUACCACCACCACUACGACUACAAUCACCAUUAAUAGUGUAACUACUAUAAAGUAACAUUUAUCGCAAAAAAAUCAUAAUUAAACUGCUGAAAGAAAGAUCACUGCUGUUUUAAACUAUGUGUAUGGUGGAAGACAUCGUGGCAACCACCUUAUGACAAUGGGUAGGCGAAGUGACACUCGUGGCCAGUGGAUGGAACCGCUUUGCCCAGUAGCAAACACCAGAUGACGCUCUUGGCUUGCUGUCUCGCCCCUUUUGCCCAAGCCCCUAGAUAGUCCCCUCACCAUGAAGUUGUCGGAUACGUUUUCUCUUCAUCCAUCUCCAACCGCCUGGGGAUCAAGCCAAUUUAUGACUGGCUAACAUUUGCACGUGAUUCUAUUUAAGCAUCCCAUAUUUGGGCAGUGCACGUCGAAUCAAGAAAAAAAGAAAAUGAUUUCCCCACCUAUAAAUCCACGUAUUUUUAAGGACAAAAUCCCUCCAACUUUCAAAAGAGACACAAAUCAAAAGGAAUAAACAGUCAAACCAACAAGAGCAGGUGUGUGGCAUACUUUACCCCCACUUUUCUACUCCUGUUGCAGCGUGAAUUGCAGUAGCUAUAUUGCCUGAUCCUUUUUUUUUAGAUAAAAUGAGUUCUUAUGUUGCGAACUCAUUUUAUAAGCAACCGCAUGACUCUUACAGCAUGCACACCUUUGGCAACUAUGGUUCACUCUCCGAGCUCCAGCAGAGCAGUUAUUGCCACGGAGGUCUGGAUCUCAGCGGAAACAUCGCUGAUCAGGCUUCCUGUAACUCCCCGAAACGGGAGGAGAUGAGUGCAAGCCUCUGCGUCCGGACCAGCACGCCACCCGAGCCCCUUUCGCUGAAGCAUAGGGUUGAAGGAGCUAUGGAAGUGACCGCGAAGCCCAGCGGCAAAAACCGAGGGAACGAGAUCAGAGACGAAAAUGUAGGAAAUCAACAAAAUUGUUCGAUCCAGAAUUUGAAUUCGAAGCAGCCACAGAUAUAUCCCUGGAUGACCAAGCUACACAUGAGUCACGAAUCCGAGGGUAAACGGUCACGAACCAGUUACACCCGCUACCAGACUCUGGAGUUGGAGAAAGAAUUCCAUUUCAACCGGUACCUCACUCGGCGCAGGCGUGUCGAGAUCGCCAAUAGCCUGUGCCUGAACGAGAGGCAAAUAAAAAUUUGGUUCCAAAACAGACGCAUGAAGUGGAAGAAGGAUGCAAAACUGAAAGUGAAGGAAUCGCUAUGAAGUCUUGUGUUAGGCCUGCUACUUCUCGUGUUGCUUAGAUCAAGGAAACCCAAUUACACAUAAACAUAUAGGCCUAUGUUUCAAAAUGUUAAAAUAU